GGCUCAUUGGGGGAAGACUGCCCGGAUCCGGGGUCCCCGGGCUCCGCUUGGGCCGGACGCGCCGAAAAGCAGCAGUGCUGGGCGGCCCCGCGCCCUUCCCCACCGGCUCGCCGUGCGCGCUCUGCUCCCCAAGAAAGGAUGGGACUUCUGUGGUGUGUAAUGAGUCUCUACUUCCUUGGGAUCCUACAAAGUGAUGCCUCAGAGCGCUGUGAUGACUGGGGACUAGAUACCAUGAGGCAGAUCCAAGUGUUUGAAGAUGAGCCAGCUCGCAUCAAAUGCCCGCUCUUUGAACAUUUCUUGAAAUACAACUACAGCACAGCCCAUUCAGCUGGCCUUACUCUGAUCUGGUAUUGGACUAGGCAGGACCGGGACCUUGAGGAGCCAAUUAACUUCCGCCUCCCUGACAACCGCAUUAGUAAGGAGAAGGAUGUGCUCUGGUUCCGUCCCACCCUCCUCAAUGACACGGGCAACUAUACCUGCAUGUUAAGGAACACCACAUACUGCAGCAAAGUUGCAUUUCCUCUGGAAGUGGUGCAGAAAGAUAGCUGCUUCAAUUCCUCCAUGAAACUGCCAGUGCAUAGACUGUAUAUAGAGCAUGGUGUUCAGAAGAUCACUUGUCCAAAUGUUGAUGGGUUUUUUCCCUACAGUGUCAAACCAACCAUCACCUGGUAUAUGGGCUGCCAUAAAAUACAGAACUUUAAUAACGUAGUACCUGAAGGUAUGAACUUGAGCUUUCUCAUAGCCUUGGUUUCAAACAAUGGCGAUUACACAUGUGUGGUUACAUAUCCAGAAAACGGGCGUACCUUCCAUCUCACUAGGACUCUGACCGUGAAGGUGGUAGGCUCUCCAAAUGACGCAUUGCCUCCUCAGAUCUAUUCACCCAAUGAUCUUGUAGUCUACGAGAAAGAACCGGGUGAGGAGCUGCUCAUUCCCUGUACAGUCUAUUUUACUUUCCUGAUGGAUGCCCGCAAUGAGGUUUGGUGGACCAUUGAUGGAAAGAAGCCAGACGACACCAAUAUUGAUGUGACUGUUAAUGAAAGUGUAAGUUUGUCUACAACUGAAGAUGAAACAAGAACUCAAAUUUUGAGCAUCAAAAAAGUUACUGCUGAGGAUCUCAAGCGCAACUACGUGUGUCAUGCUAGAAAUGCCAAAGGGGAGGUUGACAAACCAGCCAAGGUGAAACAGAAAGCUCCAAGAUACACAGUGGAAUUGGCAUGUGGUUUUGGAGCCACCGUCCUGCUGGUAGUGAUUCUCAUUGUUGUUUACCACGUUUACUGGCUGGAGAUGGUCUUAUUUUACCGGGCUCAUUUUGGAACAGAUGAAACCAUUUUAGAUGGGAAAGAAUAUGAUAUUUAUGUAUCUUACGCAAGGAAUGCCGAGGAAGAAGAGUUUGUGUUACUGACCCUCCGUGGAGUUUUGGAGAAUGAAUUUGGAUACAAGCUGUGCAUCUUUGACCGUGACAGUCUCCCUGGGGGAAUUGUCACAGAUGAGACCUUGAGCUUCAUUCAGAAAAGCAGACGCCUCCUGGUUGUCCUAAGCCCCAACUACGUGCUCCAGGGAACCCAAGCCCUGCUGGAGCUCAAGGCUGGCCUAGAAAACAUGGCCUCUCGGGGCAACAUCAACGUCAUUUUAGUGCAGUACAAAGCGGUGAAGGAGACGAAGGUGAAAGAACUGAAGAGGGCUAAGACGGUGCUCACGGUCAUUAAAUGGAAAGGGGAGAAAUCCAAGUAUCCACAAGGCAGGUUCUGGAAGCAGCUGCAGGUGGCCAUGCCAGUGAGGAAAAGUUCCAGGUGGUCUAGAAGUGGCGAGCAGGGUCUCUCCUAUGCAUCCUUGAAAAAUGUAUGAAAGGGACAAUCAUGAAAGAGGCAAAGAGAACCAAGGGCCCUCCAGGAAGGAAGGGUCCCCUUUCUUUGUUCCCAACGUAUCGUUUCACAGACAGAACACAAUUCUGUCCAAGCCUCCCCGGAGGGAUAAAUUCAGGGUGACCGUAUGACUGGUUGCGGUGCUUCCUCAGGCA